AUGAAACCAUUAUCAAAAAAUGGUGCCCCUAAAGCAACUAAUGUUUCUACCAGACGAACGAUUCGAAGACGCCGCCGUACCAACCAAAGUACCGCAAAAAGAACGACCCGAACCUGUAUCCCGGAAGAUCCGCAACAACUCGACAGCAUUCGUCCCAAUCGACGGUUGGCACGGGCAGCUAGCAACCGAGCUCGACGUCACCUGGCCGCUUCUGAUUUUAUCGAUAUCCCGGCCGAUGAACGACGCUCCGUUAUCUGCGACGGCGAAAGCAUAUGCUACGACGACGUCACCGGUGCCUUCAAAGCAAACAGGAUUGAAAGGGCUGUUAGCUGGUUCCAGGCUAUUGGCCACGAUACGAAGGCUGUCGUGCCGGAAUAUUUGCAGCAGAAGGUGUCCGACGGGUACCAUCUGGACAAUCUGUACAACCAAGGAAAGCUGAUAAGGGUGCAGAGCGAUUAUGGCACUGCGCAGGUGAAUGCUCCGUUGGAAAGGCAGUUGCUGAACAAGGCCGUCGAAGACAACGCUGCUGUUGUUUCGGAAAGGGAAUUCCAAAGCGUUUGGAAUGAAAGUCACGAGUUCCGCACGAUCAUAAGCGAACGAGUGGUCGGCUUUUGCUUUUUUAAAGAAGAAAUUUUCAUCCCCGCUGACCCGUACGGAAGGGCGGGACCUUGGCUCAACGUAAUUUUGAAGAAAUAA